AUGACUCAGCUCACAAAUUCCUCAAGCACCUCAAGCACCGCUGUAAUUCUACGCGAUAACAGCACCCAGAGUCUGGAGAGCAGCAACAGUAACAUUAACAGCAAUAAAAUAAGCACCGCAGCCACAAGCAGCCCCAUCUACGUCGAGUUCGACCCUCUCGACGAUCUCGACGAGCACGGCCACAGCGACAACCCACUCCACUGGUCCACAGCCCGCAAAAAGCUUAUCCUCAUCGCCACAAUAGGCUUCUGUUUCCUCAUCUCGGGCUGUUCCUCCGCCUUCUCUCAGGGCCAGGCACAGAUGGUGUCUGACCUUGACUCCACGGACCUCCUCGGCGAGCUAGCCCUCGGGAUGUACAUAGUCGGCUACAGCAUCAGUCCGCCCCUCCUCGCCCCACUCUCCGAAGAGCUCGGCCGGAAUGCCAUGUAUCAGAUCAGCUAUACCCUCUAUUUCCUUCUGUUCCUGCCUAUAGCUCUCGCACGCAAUAUGGCCACCGUUGUCGUUUGUCGUUUCCUCCAGGGCGCCUUCGCUUCUGCGGGCACAUCGCUCGUCUCUGGCACCAUCUCGGACGUGAUGGCGGCUGGCCGUGCGAAGGAUACUGUCGUAGCUCUCUUCGCCUUCUCUGCUGUAUUCGCCAUGGGCCUCCUACCUAUACCGUUCGGGUGGCUUAUUGUUUACGACGCGCGCAGCGGAUGGCGUCUGAUCCAGUUCAUACAGAUGGGAAUGGCGGGCGUGUGGGCUGUGUUUCUGUUCGCCGUGCUGCGCGAGACCCGUCCACAUGUUAUUCUCCUCCGCAAAGCUGCCGCGCUCGCCCGCUCCACUCACCUCCCUUACACUAGCAAGAUACAGAAACCUGCGCUGGGGCAGCUGCUUAGAGUGUCGUGUUGCAGACCGCUGGAAAUGCUCGUGCGCGAGCCUAUCAUCACCUUCUUCAGCGCAUGGCUAGCCCUGGCAUGGUCGUUCUACUUCGCCAUCAUUGGCUCCAUCUCGCACGUCUUCGGCACGCUCUACGACAUGAACCAGGGGCAGCUGGCGGCCAUCUACACGAGUCUAGUCGUCGGCGUGAGUGUAUCGCUUCUCUUCAAUUUUUGUGUACAAGAUAAGCUAUAUGCGCGCAAGCUGGACAUCCGCGGACCUGAAGCGCGGCUAUAUGCCGCAAUGCUCAUCGGUCCGCUCCUCCCCAUUGGCUGUUUCAUCUACGGGUGGACAUCCUACUCCUACCUCCCCUUUGUAGCUCCGUGUGUCGGUCUGGCCGUUAUCAGCUGCGCGUUAUUCACCAUCUAUCUCGCAGCUACCCAGUAUGUCAUGGACGCUUACGGUCCCUUCGCUGCUAGUGGCGUGGCUAGUCUCAGUAUCGUUCGCAAUCUAUGCGCUGGUUUCUGGCCUCUCUUCACUAACACUUUCUUCGAUAACGUUGGCUUUCAACUCGCUCCUACUAUCAUCGGAUGUGCUGCCGUCGUUUUCUCGCUGACUAGUUACGUGUUAUUUUUCUUGGGCGCGAGAAUUAGAUCAACUUCCCGCUUCGCUCAACAUCUCGCAUGCUCAGAUGACAACGGCGACGACAAAGACAAGACCCCUUCUCAGCCAACGCAAUCAACGGAAUCAGUCUAA